AUGAUGGACUCGGAAGAGUUGCGUAACCUGAUGACACCUCAUCUCUUCCUCAACUCUCUCAACAACCCAGACAACCCCACCUUCGACACGAACCCCCUAAGCCUUCUGCCACCCGCCAACCUCCUCAACUUUCCCUUUCUCUUCCAACAACUCAACAACCACCUCACCUCCCCACCCACGCCCCCUCAGCCAGCUACACAGUCUAGCCACAAGUCGAGUGCUGAUGCCAAGUUCCACGGUCGUCACUCGAUCUGGCGCCACUUCAAGGUACAACGUGAGCUGAACGUCUACAAAUGCGAGGUCGGGCUAUGUACUGCCACUUACACAUGGCCUCCCUCGACUACGGUAGCUGGUCGACAUCUGAGAGACAAACAUCCAGAAGUGUACAAUCAGGUUCUUAACGAGGAGACGGAGCGGAGGAAUCGGAAGAGAGCGGCCGAGUGCUCCAAGGAUGGGGAAUGUCAUUCUCCACCAACCUCCACCCACAGCUCUUCUGACCUUACCCAUGUCUCUGAUCUGAAUCAGAGUUCGUUGGACCUUCCCUCACCUCAGGUGUUCUCUCCAGAUUCCAUCAAAAGGCUAAAAUACGAUGACGAUUUGUUGAGUAGACUGAGUCAACAGUUCCUUCAUGAUCAAGUUCAAGUCAUCAAUCCCAUCGGACUGGACUAUAUGUUGUGCAAACAAGGUAUUAUGUUGAUUUUGGGCGGUUUUUGAGUUUCAAAUUUUAAAAUUUUGAAAUUUAAACUUUUCAAACUUUUAGAAAAUUGAAAUUUGAAAUUUUUCUGAAUUUUAUUUUUCAAAGCUUUGACUGCCUCAGGCUUUGAAAUGUUGAAAUUUUUAUUUUUAAAUUAAUAUUUAAGUACCAAUAUUUAAAUUUUAAAAAGUGAAAACUGUGCAAAACCAAAUUAAAUUUGCAAAUCCCGCAGGUGUAUUGUGAUUAAGUACUUAAGAUGUUAACAAAAAGACCUACAAUAAUCUUUCCCCGGAACGCUAAUUAGUCUGCCCUCCGGGGAUUUAAAAUUUAAUAAAAUCUAUUUCGGUUUCGAAUUAAAACUAUUCAUUUAACUUUUAAAUUAAAAACUUUUAAUUUGCAAAUUAGAGAAGAUUAGGUCCAAAAAUAGGUAGAAUUAUGAAAAAUAGGGGUUUACGUUCAUAAAAAUAUAUAGUAGUUUUACAGUGACGCAUAUUAUCAUCGUAUGUUCUACUACUGUGGUAUAUAUUGUCGUAUGUUUCACUAAUGUUACGUAUAUUAUCGUAUGUUCUACUACUGUGACAUAUAUUAUCUUAUGCUCUAAGAAAACCUUUUUUACUGACAAAACAUACAUCAAGGUAAAGCAACCCAACCUAAGGUUACCUCACCUUGCUUCAAGUCCAUUUGCUCAAAAUAUAAAUAUAGAAACACCGCCAGCGGGGCGAAACCGGAAUCUACGUCAAAUUCUAAAUCUGUUGCGCAUACGAAAGUAAAAGCUCGCGACCUUGACGCCGCCGUCGUAUCUGACAAGGCGCCACAGUCUGAGUAUAUGUCAGCCCUUUAACACCAUUUCGAGUAGUUAUCAGAGCGGAAGAACGUGCUAGUUCAAGGCUAACGGCGUCGACUGAUCUUGGUCGUGCUGUGGUUUCAAAUUUUUGUGAUCAGCUAACUUUGUUACCUAUUUUUAUAUUUAGACUUGAUACCUACUUGAAUAUAGAGCAAUAUCUUGCUUCGUAUUGACAAUAACUUAUUGUCUUGUUGUGACAUUGCUAAAACUUGUGCUGACUGGGUUAUACAUUGUUUUAUACUUAAUUCUUAAACAUUUUUACUAAAAUACGAACCAAGAUUAAAUGACUCCGAUCAGAGAGUUUGUUUACUACCAAAAACGGUCUAACAUGGCACUAAAAGUGCAUGCUGAAUAUUCAAAUUUAGCUCCGAAUACUUUCAGAUCAGCCAUAAAUGGUAAUUUUAAAACAUCUUACUGCUUAAAUAAUAGUAGUAGCUAUUGUAAAGUUAAUAAAACUUUAAAAAUCUAAUAAAAUUCUCAAAAAUAUACCUAAAAAGUUGCCAAGGGACAAUGCUAUUCCAUAGAACCCUAGUAAUAUGUUAAUCAUCUGUAAAAUGAAUAAUUCUUGCCCUUUUCAGAAUCCGAAGAUGAUAAACGUGAGAAAGUCAUGUCAGCGGACUACGAAUGGCCAGCCAAAAAGGUAGGGAUCACUUUGUAUAAGUAGUGUAAUAUAAUCGGUCGCAUCUUGGGAAAUUAGAGCGCUAACGGCUGUUAUCAACCAGAAUAUUGAAUUAUACAUUCUAAAAAUAUUAUUCUUUUCAAAAUUCACAAAAUUAAAAUUUUAAUUUGUGGAUUUUAAAAUUGUAAAGCGGUCCUGACAGGGAAACAUUUUUGGCGUUUUAUCACUUCAACAAAAUUUGGUCGGAUUUUUCUCUGUAAUUGAAUUACUGGUAGCAAAUGGUAUUUACAAGCUUCUGGAAAGGUUCUCCUAAGAAACCAUUCUUGAGGUACAGAUCAGCGAGUCAGAAAUCAGCUAUCAGAAGCUCUGAUGAUGCUCUGAGAGUAAGAUAACGUCGAUAUUAUGAAUGUUUUGACAGUUUUUAUAGGUUUUCUGAAUAACAUAGGGUUUAUGACAGUUGUUUGUUUGCAUAAGAGAUUAAUGGUUGUGUUUUUCAGCCUUCUGUGGAUCCGGCACUGAUUUGCGAGAUUGAUCGGCUUCGAGAACAAGAAACCGCGCAGAAGAUGAAGAUUCAGAAGAUGACGGAGAACUUGAACGACUUCAAAGAAGAUAUUGAGAAUCUCAGGGCUAGGAACGAUCUUCUGGAGAAGAAGGGAGCAACGUAAGUUAUUUUAAUUGUUAGUUUUUAGGUAAUAGGGGGUGAAGUGCUAUAUGGGAAUUUUUUCUUUAAUUUUUGUCUUUGUUAGAUUUUAUGUAAAAAAUAGUUCGUUUUGUAACAUAGCAUUAUUGAGAUACUGAGAGUGUUUUACAACUGUUUUUGUGUUAUUGUUUAAUAUUGAGGGACCGAAAAUGUAUUAUCCAUCAGAUUAACCCUUUUUUUAGUGUCGACGAUGAAAUCGGCGUCUUCCAGGCCAAACUCAAUCAGCUCGAAGCUGAAAAGAGCAAAGUGGAACAACAGUUGAAGGAGGCAACUGUCAAUUUGAAUAAAAAGAGCGCUGAAUUACAUGUAAGUCUUUUAUGGGUUUAAUGAACAAUAUUAUGGAUAAUAUCAAUAUUUCCUGUGGGAAAAGUUUUGUGUUUAAAAUUUUAAUUGAUUUAGAAAAUAUUGGUGUUAAAACAUAAUACCAGUUAGGAAUAAAAAAUUUGAUCAUUUCAGGAAGUAAAAGAACAAAAUUCCGAGUUGAGGAAUCAAGUUUCUCGUACCAAGCGAGAGCUUUCAGAAUUUGCCGAUGAUCAGACGAGAACAGCUUCAGAAUCCGAGCUAUCUCAACUUAAAAAGUCAAAGCGGGAUCUUGAGCAAAAGUUGGCAGAACUUGAGGACGAACUCGAUGAAGUUGUGAGCAAGAACGAGCUUCUGGAACAAAAUGUCACAAGACUCAACUUGGCCAUGGAAAGGAUGAAGAACGAGAACUCGAGAGAAGCCAACAGUCGUGAAGAGGAGUUGAACGAGCUCAGAUCACAACAUCAGCGACGAGUCAGAACAUACGAAGAACAGAUUGUGGACCUAUCCGAGAAUUACAACAAUGUCCAACGGCAGCUAAAGCAGAUGGAGCAGAAGAGCCGCCUGUUCGAGACAACACACUCAACGUACUCUUUCGAGACUCAGAGUUCGAAUAACUACAAGAGAGAGUACAAGAAGACGGCCGCCAUGCUCAAAGACACGCAGAACUUGUUGGCCAUGGAGAGGCAGAAGUCUGAUAAGGCUUUGCUGAUAAAGAAGUUGAGGGCACAGCUGGACGAAGCCGAAGAAGGCAAGAUGGCAGCUGUCAGAUCAAAGUUUUCGCUGGAAAAUGAGUUGUCGGAACUUAAUUUAGAGGUGAGGAGACAUUAAUAUUCUUUUUAUAAGAUAGAUGUUAUUCAUGUGUUAGCUAGCUCAAUAUUUUUUGUUUUUCAAUAGUAGUUACUUUUUAUCAAAAGUAACUGUUUCUGAGAAGUUUGAAGAUGUCAUAGAGCAGUUUUGAAGUAAAGAAUAGUGUUUUUUAAACUAAAAAGUUUUUUUUGUUUUUUUUAAUAUUCUUGAUCAAAUCAUUAACUUUUGAAACUUAAAUUAAGACUAAUGUGAAGAAUACUUUCUUAAAUUGAUGGUAAGAUAGUAACUGAUGACAAUGUUUUAGAUUGACACAUUAAAAGGGGCCAAAAAGGUGUUGGAAGAGAAGAACCGCGACCUUUUCAAUGAGAAAUCUCACGUUAUUUCUGCUAGCAAAGACUUGGAAGAACAGCUGGCUACAGUACUCCGAGAUUACCGUAACGCCGUCCUUCAGACCGAAGCUGACUCCAGACUCAUCACCCAACAAAGUCAGAUGAUUGCAGAGCUGGAGUCCAACAAACAAGAACUGACUCAACAACUGGCCGAAGCCCAAAGCCAAGUUGCCUACCUGAAGAGUCAUUUCGUGGAAGGUCACAAGCUGACCGUGCUGGAACGUUCUCUGGUCGAUGUGAAGUCGAGACUCGAGUACGAGAAGGCGGAAAAAGUAAAAUACGAGACGUCAGCUAAUCGACUGCAAGAUGAGGUGGACAGAAUGGAGGAUCAGAUCAACGAGUUACAGCGCACAGUGUCGAGACAACAAGAAGUUGUUAUUAAACACAAGAGAGAGCUGGCAAACGAAGCAGAAGUCAACCGGGAACUGAAGAAGCGAGAGGAGGAGAUGAGCAACAAGUACAAGAAAUCGGUAAGCUUUAACCAAAAGGUGGUUCUGCUGAUUAAAGUUCAUAGUUUUGAAUUGCUCUAGACCUUGUCGUAGGGGCCCGUAAGGCUGUCUUGUUAGAAUUUUAAAAAAUUUUGAUGCUUAGGUAACAUUUUUAAUUAAACUUAUAAGUUAUAGUGCUUACCUCGACUUUUUUAGAGAGACGAGAUGGACCAAAUCCAAUCAGAACAUGCCCAGACCUCUUCCGACCUUACACUUGCUCUUCGUCGGAUCGACGCUCUUCAGGCUGCUCUUAAUGCCAAUUCGGACGUCGAAGAAGACGAUGACCGUGACGACUUCACCGACGAAGAAACAGAAGCCGACGGUCCUUCAGAAUCCUUGGAAUUGAACGAUUCUGAUGCCACGAAGGUCGAAGAAACAUCAGAAAACGGCAAACACGAACAAGCUCAACCCAUAACUGCCUAA